AUGAGCGACCUCCAAAGAGCUUUCGCCAAAUCCAGGCUGACAGGGCUCCCUGCCAUGCCUCCAGUCAUGUUUGAUGAGGCAGAGGAAGAGGAACAGGCAGACCACUUCGAUCUUGAGCUGCAACAACAAGACGAUGACUCCUCUUCUGCUUCCUCGGCAUCGUCUGCUUCUUCCACGGGCACCAUUAUCCCAUCUCAGAACCAGAAAUUGUUUGCUCGACCCCAGGGGUCCCCGAAUAAACGGACUCUGGAUCAAAUUCCUUGGACGACAUAUUUCGAGCGCGAACUUUUCCUCGAGUCCACUUCCGAGUCCAUUACGAUAACUCAUCAUGCAUAUCUCACCUCUCCAGUGGGCACAGCGCCAUUAUUCGUUACACAUCAUGGGGCCGGCUCUUCUGGUCUAUCCUUUGCAGCCUUGACUGCAGAGAUCCGGAAAAGGCUUCCUUCUGCUGGUAUCCUGUCCCUCGAUGCACGCGGCCACGGCUCUACACAAGUCAUCCCGGAACAAGCUAUACUAGAUCUCAGUCUAGAAACGCUGGGCGCGGAUCUACUGUCAGUUAUAGACAAGACCAAGUCAAAAAUGGGCUGGAAGGAAUUACCACCAAUGAUCCUAAUCGGUCAUUCCCUUGGAGGCGCUGUCGUGACAGACGUUGCCAAAGGCGGCAAGCUUGGAAUUGCAGUGCUAGGUUAUGCAGUACUUGACGUUGUUGAAGGAUCAGCCAUUGAUGCACUGCAAAGCAUGCAGACCUACUUGUCGACCCGUCCGGUGGGCUUCCCAUCAAUGGAAUCUGGCAUAGAAUGGCACAUUCGAUCAAGGACUAUUCGGAACUCUAUCUCGGCCCGGACAAGUGUGCCUGCAUUAUUAAGACGUGACGAGGAAAUGAGAAGUUCGAGGCAAUGGACAUGGCGAACAGAUCUCGCAGCAACACAGCCAUUUUGGGAAGGUUGGUUUGUUGGCCUCAGCAAGAAGUUUCUCGAGGCUAGAGGGGGGAAACUACUGCUACUCGCUGGAACGGACCGACUGGACAAAGAACUAACAAUUGGCCAAAUGCAAGGCAAAUAUGCAUUACAAGUAUUUCCGGAAGCUGGUCACUUUAUUCAUGAGGACCUCCCCGAGAAGACCGCAAUGGUUAUCGUGGAUUUCUAUAAGCGGAACGACCGGAGCGCAUUGGUGUUGCCGCCAAAAGUAUCAGAUAUGCUUCGAACUGGUAAGAAGGUGUAG